AUGCAUCUCAUCACCUCCCUCCUCACGCUUACCGCUAUUGCCACCCAAGUCUCCGGGCAUGGCCUCGUCAAGUCUCCCGCAGCCCGUGUUCCUGGUGAUGCCGCUGCUGCUGUGUGCGGUCAAACCAUGGUAAACUUCUACAAAGCAGACAACACCUCGUACCCUGAAGCGUUGAUUCGCGCCGGCGGGACCAAAGACCCCAAAUACAACCCAAAACUCUGUAAUCUGUGGCUAUGCAGAGGGUACCAGUUCCAAGACAAUGCCGAUCAUGUCUUUGAGUACAAACCCGGCGAUAAGGUCCCUAUCGAGGUCUUUAUCCGGGUCCCACACUUGGGAUACGCGAACGUGAGCGUCGUGGACACGAUGAAGAACGAGGUUGUGGGGGAACCACUGAAGGCUUGGAAGGAGUACGCUGAUCCAGCGAAGUUCCCGAAUCUGCCGGAGGAUCAGGUGAAAUUCAGUGUUACGGUGCCGGAUCUGAUGGGAAAGUGUGCGAAGCCUGGCCGAUGUGUGAUUCAAUGGUAUUGGCUGGGUGCUAAACAGACCUAUGAGUCCUGCAUCGAUUUCACACAGAUGGCCCCGGAAGCUCCUAAGAUCCGAGGUCGCUCGUAG